GCCAUGCCAGUGGUACUGCUCUACUACUUGAUUCUCUGGGGCUGGAUAGGUGAUGUUCAGGGCACAGAAGAGCCUGAUUUAUACCAUGGUUGUUUGGAAGGUAGCUGUUACCCAGCCACAGGAAACCUGCUCAUUGGGAGGACCCAAAGCCUGAGCACGACAUCAACAUGUGGCCUGGAAGAGCCUCAAGAGUACUGCAUUGUCAGCCAUCUUCAGGACUCUGAGAAAUGCUUCAUCUGUGACUCACGUUCAUCCUCCUUCCGUGAGAGCCACCACAUUGAGAAUGUCAUCUACCUUACUGGCCAGAAUGGUGAACAGACCUGGUGGCAGUCUGAGAAUGGAGUAGAGCAGGUCAGCAUUCGAUUGGACCUGGAAGCUGAAUUCCACUUUACUCACCUCAUAAUGAAAUUUAAGACUUUCCGUCCUGCAGCCAUGCUCAUUGAGCGCUCAUCAGAUUUUGGGCAAAGCUGGAAAGUUUACCGUUACUUUGCCUUCAACUGCUCCAAGCUCUUCCCAGCAGUUCCCACUCAGAUCCCAACACAUGUCAAUCAAGCAAUGUGCGACGAGCGAUACUCUGAGAUUGAGCCCUCCAGCUAUGGUGAAGUCAUUUUCAAGGUACUAGACCCUGCUGUGAAAGUAGAAAACCCCUACAGCCAGGAAAUCCAAGAUUUGUUACGUGUCACCAACUUGCGGGUGAACUUCACAAAGCUGCACACGCUGGGAGACAAUUUGUUAGACUCACGAUAUCAAGUCCUGCAGAAAUACUACUAUGCGGUAUAUGAGAUGGUGCUUCGAGGAAGCUGCUUCUGUUAUGGACAUGCCUCCGAGUGUGCCCCCUUCACAGGAUCAGCUAACCCGGUUGAAGGCAUGAUCCAUGGACGAUGUGUCUGUAAGCACCACACGAAGGGUCUCAACUGUGAGCUCUGCAAGGAUUUCUAUCAGGACUUGCCUUGGAGUCCAGCCGAGGUCCACGAUCCACACGCUUGCAAAGAGUGCAACUGCAAUGAACAUUCCCACCGGUGCCACUUCGACAUAGCCGUAUACCUGGCUACAGGUAACUCCAGUGGUGGGGUCUGUGAUGAGUGCCAGCACAACACCAUGGGCCGCCACUGCCAGAACUGCAAGCCGUUCUUCUACCGCAACCCACUGGCUGACAUCAGGGCCAAAACAGCAUGCAUUCCCUGUGACUGUGACCCAGCAGGCACUUUGGAUGGAGGUGUGUGUGACAGUCACACAGACACAACGCUGGGCAUGAUUGCGGGACAGUGUCGCUGCAAAGAGGACGUCAGAGGUGUGCGUUGUGACAGCUGCAAAGAAGGCUUUUACGGCCUAAGCCUCAGUCAUCCUCUCGGCUGCCAACCCUGCAGGUGUGACCCUCGUGGGAUCACCACGGAUAGCAGCCCCUGCGACCAGAUCAGCGGCGAUUGCUAUUGCAAGCGUUUUGUAACUGGGCAAUACUGCGACCAGUGUUUGCCUGAAUACUGGGGUUUGAGCUAUGAUGUGGCAGGCUGCCGAAGCUGUGCUUGUGAUUUUGGAGGCGCCUACGACAAUAG